AUGGCCAUUUCUUGUGCUCUGCCCUUUGAGCAUAACGGAUGGUUGGGUGUGAGGGAUAAAGGUUCUCUCCAAAACUUAAAAUUCUUAGGUAUGUUGGUGAUAAGGAUUUCCGUGGAAUCUUUGCUACUAUUUGAUGUGUUGUUGACAACGUAUGAUAUAGCAUUGUUGGAUCCAGACUUCUAUUCUCAGAUUCCAUGGCAGUAUGCUGUAACUGCUGAAGCUCAAAUACUAAAGAAUCCCAACAUUGUAUGUUGUCUACUAGGAAAAUUCAUUGUGUUGUGA